AUGCCUAAGUCUUACUGUUUGCUUCUUUUGGCCUUUUUUACAGUGCUCUUCUUGCAUGAGGCCAUGGCUCGCAAUCCCAUUGACUCAGAAUGGCACGAUGCCCAUGCAACCUUCUACGGUGACAUGUCUGGUGGUGAAACAAUGCAGGGGGCUUGCGGCUAUGGCAAUCUAUUCCAACAAGGAUAUGGGCUAGAAACCACAGCAUUAAGCAUGGCAUUAUUCAACGAUGGCUACAGAUGUGGUGCAUGCUUUGAGAUUAAGUGUGUCAAUGACCCACAAUGGUGCAUCAAAGAUGUUAACUCAAUCAUUGUGACAGCGACAAAUUUUUGUCCACCAAAUUACGACAAACCUGAUGGAAAUUGGUGUAACCCACCUCAAAAACAUUUCGAUUUGAGCAUGAAGAUGUUUACAACAAUUGCAGUUUAUAGAGCAGGGAUCGUCCCAGUUCAAUAUCGACGUGUUCCAUGCGUCAAAAGUGGUGGUGUUAGAUUUGAACUAAAAGGAAACCCUUAUUUUUUGAUGGUUUUGGUGUACAAUGUUGCCAACGCUGGUGAUGUUCUGCGUGUGUCAAUCAAAGGGUCUAAUACUGAUUGGACUCCAAUGAUACAUAAUUGGGGACAAGUUUGGCAUACGGGAGUUAAUUUGGUAGGACAAAAUUUGUCAUUUUGGGUUACGACAACUGAUCGAAAAGCUUUACUGUUCACUUCCGUUACUCCUUCCAAUUGGCAAUUUGGACAAACCUACGAAAGCCCAGCCAAUUUUUAG